UACGCGCCAGUGUUUGUCUCCUGCGUCUGUGUGUCUGGACCGCGGAAUCGUUUCCCCACCACCCCCGAAUCGCCGCGACGUGUCGCAGCCUCUCGCCCGACUCGUCGCCUCGCAGAGCGGACACAGCUCCCGGCGUGAGUCGGUGAUGUCGCCCAGCUGCGGCGAGUCGCACUGAGGCGGGCAUGAGGCGGUGUUGUUGCUGGUGGUGAGAGUAGCCAGCCAGUCUGCGGUGAACCGAGUUGCCCCUCGUAACCAUGUCGAAAAGCCUCAAGAAGAAGAACCACUGGACCAACAAAGUCCACGAAGCGGUUAUCAGCCGCGGCAAGGACGGCGAACUGGGCUUCGAGCUGAAGGGGGGCGCCGAGCUCGGCCAGUUCCCCUACUUGGGCGAGGUGAAAACGGGGAAGGGGCUCGUCCAGAGCGGCAAGCUGGCCGAGGAUGAGCUGCUCCUGGAGGUCAACGACAUGCCCGUGGCCGGCCUCACCAGCCGGGACGUGCUGGCCGUCAUCAAACACUGCAAGGACCCGGUCCGCUUCAAAUGUGUCAAACAAGGGGGGGUUGUUGACAAGGACCUGCGGCACUACCUCAACCUGCGCUUCUCCAAAGGCUCGGUGGACCACGACCACCAGCAGAUCAUCCGAGACAACCUGUACCUGCGCACCGUUCCCUGUACGACCAGGCAGCCCAAAGAGGGGGAGGUGCCAGGGGUGGACUACAACUUUGUGACUGUGGAACGUUUUAUGGAAUUGGAGCAAAGUGGAGCCUUGCUAGAGAGCGGAACCUAUGAAGAUAACUUCUACGGCACCCCCAAGCCACCAGCAGAACCGUCCCCAGCAGCCCCUCCUCUUAAUGUGAGUGAGGCCCUGCUGCCCGGAGCCCGGCCCAGCGCCCAGGGCAAAAGAAAGAGGAACCAAUCGGUCAGCAACAUGGAGCAGCGCGCCAGCCUGGAGCCACCCGAGGAGGAGGAAGAGGAGAGCCCCGUCGUCAACGGCAACGGGGUGGCCAUCACGCCAGAGUCCAGCGAGCAGGAGGACAAGAGCACUGACGCGUCCGGGGAGGUUGCCGUGGAAACCUGCAGUCAAGCGGCGGCCACCAGUGAGGCCCCAACCGAGGCGGAAGACGCACCCAAAUCUCCGGACAAAUCACCGAAUAAAGUCCCGGAUGUGGACGAGGAAGAGCUUGGCCCUCUCCCGGACAAUUGGGAGAUGGCGUACACGGAGAAGGGGGAGGUCUACUUUAUCGAUCACAACACCAAGACCACGUCAUGGUUGGAUCCCCGGUUGGCCAAGAAGGCAAAACCCCCGGAAGAAUGCAAAGAAGACGAGCUGCCCUACGGCUGGGAGAAGAUCGAUGACCCCAUCUACGGCAGCUACUACGUGGAUCACAUCAAUCGCAGGACUCAGUUUGAGAAUCCAGUCUUGGAAGCAAAGCGGCGCCUUGAGCAACAGAGGCAGAUGCAGACUCAGGGUCUCUCCGCUCUCCCGCUCCCUACAAUAUACAGAGAAAAGCCGCUAUUCACCAGAGACCCGACCCAAUUGAAAGGCACGUUUCUGUCUACGGGCCUGCAGAAGAGCAACAUGGGAUUUGGCUUCACAAUAAUUGGAGGGGACGAGCCUGACGAGUUUCUGCAAGUGAAGAGCGUCAUUCCAGACGGGCCUGCUGCUCAAGAUGGAAAGAUGGACACAGGUGACGUCAUCGUGUACGUAAACGACAUCUGCGUUCUGGGCACCACACACGCCGACGUGGUCAAGCUCUUCCAGUCUGUGCCCAUCGGCCAGAGCGUCACCUUAGUACUCUGCAGGGGCUACCCGCUGCCCUUCGAACCUGAAGAUCCCAACGCCACAACCGGCAGCUCCAUGACGCCCAUCGGGAUGGAGCAUCGUCCCCUUGUGGUCAACGGUCGCAACAGCUAUGAUCCUUAUCUAGAGUAUCUGUCCCUGAGCUCUCAGCUGCCCGCUCAGGCUUUGGCGCAGGCUGGGGUGUCCCACCCCGGGGACACGCACCUGGACGGCUCUUCGCUGCCGCCCACCACGCCCGGCUCGGCGUCUGCGCUCACACCGCACGAUGACAACGUAUCCAUGGCAUCAUCGGGUACGGCGGGCGUUGCCGGGGCGACCGCACAGCCGGCUGAGCUGCUGACUGUUACCAUGGUGAAAGGAGCGGAAGGAUUCGGGUUCACCAUUGCAGACAGUCCCACUGGUCAGCGAGUCAAACAGGUGCUGGAUCCUGGCUCGCAGGCAGCAUCGGGCCUGAUCGAGGGCGAUCUGAUCCUGGAGGUCAAUCAGCAGUCGGUGGCGGCGGCCGGACACGGACGUGUGGUGGAAAUGCUCAAAGAGUGUCCUGUAGGAGCUGAAGCUACAUUGCUAAUUCAGAGAGCGGCAACAGGCCAAGUUUCUCCAUGGAAAGCCUCCAAACAGUUACCCGACCAGUGGGACCCGCAUGGGAGCCCCCAGGCUAACCUGUCCGGUCCCGUCCUGCCUCCGGGUACGCCCUUCCCUAACCAGCCGCAACACCGCACAUCCGUGCCGGACUCCACCGAAGGCUUCGACCUGAACAAACCGGAUCCCUAUGACCUUUACGAAAAGUCCAGAGCGCUCUAUGAGAGUCGACGUGAGUUUGUUGAAUCAAGGGGAGCACAGGGGGCGGCCGAUCGAAUGCGCAGCUGGGUCAAUGCUGUAAUGUGUGUAUCAGGUCCGGAAUACGAAGAGGUGGAGGUGCACCUGCUGAGGGAGAAGACCGGCUUCGGCUUCCGCAUCCUGGGGGGAGACGAGGCCGUGCAGGCUGUGAGUCCGGACGCCCGUGACAAGAUUGUGAUCGGCGCCAUCAUCGAGAACACCCCCGCCGAGCGCGACGGGCGGCUGCGGCCGGGGGACGAGCUCAUCUCGGUGGAUAAAAACGUGGUGGCCGGGAAGCCGCACAAGUACGUCAUCGACUUAAUGCACGCCGCCGCUCGCAACGGCCAAGUCAGUUUGACCGUGAGGAGGAGGCUCCACAUGCCAGGCGAAGUGUGCCCCGUCAAUGGUCGAAGCCCCAGUUUAGUGUCCACUCAGCACAGCUCGCCCCGCAACGACGCCUUGUCGCCGGGCGCCGCCGCGGUGACCGUGACCUCGGAGGGCUCAGCGUUGCACACCAGUGACGUUCUCAUUCAGCGCAAGGAGAACGAAGGCUUCGGAUUUGUCAUCAUCAGCUCCCUCAACAGGCCGGAGAACGCCGCCAUCAUAACUGUGCCCCAUAAAAUCGGACGUAUAAUUGAGGGCAGCCCUGCAGACCGAUGCGGCAAACUAAAAGUGGGCGACCGGAUCUUGGCGGUAAACGGCCAGUCCAUCAUCAGCAUGCCGCACGCCGACAUCGUCAAGCUCAUCAAAGACGCCGGCCUCACAGUCACACUGCAUAUCAUACCAGAGGAAGGCUCCCAGUCUGGCCCUGGCUCAGAGAAGCAGAGCCCCAUGACCCAGAAACAUGGCACCCAGCCCACGCCCGUAGCCCCGACAAGCCAAGGCGGCGCCCCGCUGCCCGGUCAGACGGCCCCACAGCCGGGUCAAAUGGCUCUUCAGACCGGCCAAGUGUCCAUGCAGCAGGCUCAGACGCCAGCCCAGACCGGCCAAAUCCUCAUUUGUCCUCCGGCACCCGCGGCAUCGCACCCGGCGCCGGCAGGGACGCAGCAGAGCCCCGUCAGCCAUCCUUCUGGACUCCCGCCGCAGCUCUAUCUACACGACGGAAGGUCUGAGGUUAAAGCCAGACAGGAUGUGAAACCUGACUUCCGCCAUCCUCCCUUCACUGAUUACAGGCAACCACCCGUAGACUACCGGCACCCGCCGGUGACCGAUUACCGGCAGCCGCCGACGCUGGACUACCGGCACCCGCCCGGACUGCUGGACUUCAGACAGCACACGGCAGCUGCUCAGUUCCCGCUGGGGAUCGCUGCAGAGUUUAGAACACAGAUCCCUCCUCUGCAGGACUAUGAUUACUUCACUGUGGAGCUGGAGAAAAGCUCCAAAGGUUUCGGUUUCAGUAUUCGAGGGGGCAGAGAGUACAAGAUGGACCUGUUUGUAUUGCGUCUGGCGGAGGACGGGCCUGCUAUACGAAACGGGAGGAUGAGGGUCGGGGAUCAAAUCAUAGAGAUAAACGGAGACAGCACUCGGGACAUGACGCACGCCCGGGCCAUCGAGCUCAUCAAAGCGGGGGGCCGGAGGGUCCGACUGCUGCUAAAAAGAGGAACAGGACAGGUGCCUGAAUACGACUGUGUCGGCCCCUGGGAUUCCCUUCCUACAAUCCACUCUACCCUGCCGGAAGUGACCCUCGAAGCCCACCAGAGUCCAUUGCCUUCAUCCCACCCGGCCGCAUCCCUGGAUUCCCCUCAUCAGCUUCCUCUAGAGGCCGCGGCGUGCAUGGCAGCGGACAAAGCCCCGCAGGUGACGGACCACAGCUCCUCGACUCGAGGGGCUACCGGUGGCAGGUCCACCCAGCAGAAGUGCAUGAUCAGGGGGCAGGGAGGAGAGGCCGAAUGCGGGCCGGGCUCUAGGCAGCCCAGGGUUUUACCCGCCAAAGCUAUCCUGGGCAGGCAGAGGGACGCUUGCUCCCCCUGCUGUGACAGAAAGGGGGCGAGCGCCCAGGCGGCGGGCGCUCUUUGGCCGCGGGACCCAUACGUGAGCGUCGCCCCCAACGGAGCCUCUCUGGCCGGCGUGGACUCCCCCGCCGGCCUCCAGGAGAGGCUGCUGUCCAGAGGGGUUCACCCCAGAGAGGAGGACCGCUGCGGGGGUCGCGCCGGCCUCGGCUGCCCCUCUAAGAACACCCAAGACCCCCCUGCCAGGAGAGCCGCCGCCACCUCCCCGGGGCCCUGGAACAUCCCAGGGCCGGAUAAACUGCCCGGCACCCUGAGGUCCUGGACCUCCACUGUCAGCAGGUAGACAGUAUCGGCUUUUUCCCUCCUUCCUCCACUCCUCGAGUCAUAUUCCGAAGUUCAUUUAUGAGAGGAUUAUUACACCCGCCACCUUAAAAGCUGAUCAACUUUCACAGAUGUUGUAACAUACAGUGAGGAGCUAGACGAUGUAUGGCGAAAGACUCCAUUUUUGCUCGAUGAGUUCUGAGAAACCUCUGGAACAGUGUUUCCCAACUAUAAUUUAGUAAUAAUAUAACAUUGGCUAUGUGCGGGGACUGAGCACAAAUAGCCAAAAAGUACAAGGACAUGACAUACCUUACAAAUGUUUGCAGUAUUAUAACAGACCAUCAAUAUCAUUUUAAACGCAUCAAUACCUUUAAAAGUAAAACAUUUGCAGAUGAUUGCUCAUGUCACAAAGACACUCCAUAACAGUCACUAUUUAACAUUGCAAGAUAAAUUUAGCUCCUCCUUGGCAUGCUAAGCUUGUCACUAAGUGACAGAUGUAUCACUUCUCCGUACUUUUUUUUCAUGCUUAUAGCUGUCAUUGAUCCGCCACUUUUUUGCAGUUCCUAUAUCGCGUUUCCCGGGAUGGGUUUUUACUUUUUACAGUAUUCUUUUUUCAAAAAAUGAAAUAAAAUCAGACUAUCAAUUUAGACUAGAAAAUGCUUGCCUGGCACGGCCAGACUGUUCUCCCUGUAUUUUUCAAACACUGAGAGAAAAGUCUGGGAACCAGCCCAUUAACGGCCUCUCGAGCAGGUACAAAAUCAAUCGACAAAUCAGAUUCGUUUACUUGCGUGACGUGUUCUUCACGAGCAACGUCACUCUUGCGCGUCGGAAGUCGUCUCCACAACAACACAGAUGGUGAACAGGAGAGCCAAGAAUAUGUUCCAAUCCUCGGUAAAAUCAGUUUUAAAUUACCAAAAACACAUCGACACGAGUCAUUGACAACAGUCUGUCUCGCGCUAGCCAUGUUGAAUAAACUCGUAUGUUUACUUCCGCGUGCAAGUCCCUCGUCCUGCCCUCGUCGUUUUACUAACGUCACGUCUGCCCGUCGCUGAUUGGUCCACUCCGCUGUCUGUUUGCUGUGGCUUGCUCCGCCCUGGAAAUUGUAUCCGCUGAAUGGUGGCCAGACUCAAUAGCUGGAACAGCGGUGAGUCUGGUGUAUCAGGCAAAGAAAAUUCAAUUUCUGGAGAAAUUACAAUGGUAGCUUUGCUUUCACAGGUAAACCCCUUGAGGUCACUUCUUGUUGAUUUGGGGACAUUUCAGGGUCCGUUCCUGUUGAUAUUUUGACGUACAUGGCUGUCAAUGCAUCGAUUUACAUUUGUGUCAAUGGAAUCCAAGUACAUUGGCAUCAAUAGAAUCGACAUAUAAGGCUGUCAGUGGCAUGGACGUACAUGACUGUCAAUGGCAAGGUCGUACAUGGCCGUCAAUAGCAUCGACUUACAUUUGCCUUAAUGGAAUCCAAGUACAUUGGCAUCAAUAGAAGUGACAUAUAUGGCCAUCAUUGGCAUGGACAUACAUGGCCGUCAAUGGCAUGGACGUACAUUGGCUGUCAAUGGCAUGGACGGACAUGGCCGACAAUGGCAUGGAUGUACAUUGGCCGACAAUGGCAUGGACGUACAUUGGCCGACAAUGGCAUGGACGGACAUUGCCGACAAUGGCAAGGACGUACAUUUGCGUAAAUAGAAUCCAAGUACAUUGACAUCAAUAGAAUCGACAUUUAUGACCGUCAUUGGCAUGGACGCACAUGCCCGCCAUGGCAUGGACAUACAUCGCCGUCAAUGACAAGGACCUACAUGGCCGUCAAUGGCAUGGAUGUUCAUGGCCGUCAAUAGCAUCGAUUUACAUUUGCGUCAAUGGAAUCCAAGUACACUGGCAUCAAUAGAAUCGACAUAAAAGGCCGUCAAUGGCAAGGAUUUACAUUGGUAUCAAUGGCAUGGACGUACAUGAUUGUCAAUGGCAAGGUCGUACAUGGCCGUCAAUAGCAUCGACUUACAUUUGCCUUAAUGGAAUCCAAGUACAUUGGCAUCAAUAGAAGUGACAUAUAUGGCCGUCAUUGGCAUGGACAUACAUGGCCAUCAAUGGCAAGGACGGACAUGGCCGUCAAUGGCAAGGACGGACAUGGCCGUCAAUGGCAAGGACGGACAUGGCCGUCAAUGGCAUGGACGUACAUGGCCGUCAAUGGCAUGGACGUACAUUGGCCGACAAUGGCAUGGACGUACAUGGGUCGCCAUUUUGCGGACGAUGGCAAGGACGGACAUGGCCAUCAAUGGCAUGGACGUACAUUUGCGUCAAUGGAAUCAAAGUACAUGAUUGGCAUCAAUAGAAUCGACAUAUACGGCCGUCAUUGGCAUGAACGUACAUGGCUGUCAAUGGCAAGGAUGUACAGUUAUUGAUUAUUGGAAGAGAAAUUACAACCACACGUUUUCUGCCACUGAAAAUGAAGGGGAAAUGUUGGCCAUUAGAAAUGAAUGGAACUGCGUAUAUGGCAAUGGUUUUUGGCGAAUUUUGGGGCAACUGUAAGUUUUUGGCAAUUUUCUAUACACAUUGUAUGCCCCUUCCUGAAAUUUUUGGCGUAUAUGGCAAUGGUUUUUGGCGAAUUUUGGGGCAACUGUAAGUUUUUGGCAAUUUUCUAUACACAUUGUAUGCCCCUUCCUGAAAUUUUUGAUGUAUGAUUUAUGUGAAUUGUAGAAAAAUUGUAGGACUAGAUACAUUUUGAAAAAAAAUGUUUUUGUUUUUCAAAAAACCUGCGCUUUGACGCCAAUGGUAAUUUUUUAGGGGUCAUUCAAAACAUUCCCUGAGUCGCGUGAUCUUAAUCGAUUUUUUUUUUUUUUAAAUGGUCCAUCUCUGUUAAUCUUAAUCGAUUUUUUUUUUAUGGUCCAUCUCUGUCAAAGAUUUUCGCACCCAGCCGAAAUGUGAAGUAUUAAUUUAUUUUACAUCAGACAUUUUCCUCAAUUAAUAGUAGUUUUCGUCUCGCCAAAAAAAAAAAAAAAAAAAAACGUUUCUACAUUCCAAACAUCUUGCGUAAUACCUGGUAAAAUGAAUUAGCAGUAGUUAGGAAUCACUGUUCCAGAAGUCAAUCCAGUGUUACUCCUCACAUGCCUAACAAAUAUAUCAUAUACUGUAAAUGUAAAGAUGUCAAAAAUGUGUACAUUUGUCGUUGUAAAGAAGCAGAAGAGACUUUAAAAAAAAAAAAAAAAAUCACCGGUAUGGAAUUAUUUAGGAUCCCAUCAUCCCAUUCCAGGCCUCCACUAUGACUACAUAUCAAAGACACGUCCGCAAAAUGGCGACCCGUGCAUGGGACUCCCGAGCCUGAAUGAGGACCUCUUUCUUCUCCUUUUUUGAUAUUAGUGACAGCAGCACUGAGUUUUGUGUACACGUUAACCAUCAUGAGGACUGUGUGGGAAGCCAGUUGAGCAUUUGUUCCAUUGAUUUGGCCUCACUAGUAAGACCAAUUGCGGCACUGGUACAAUGACUGCUUCUUACUAAUCAUGUUUUUUUUUCACUAGCAGUGCCACAUUUGGCACUUAUUACUUGGCAAAAAUAGACGUAAGACACAGUGGUUCUACCUGUGCUCUGAAUUCACUUACUUGUGUCAAGAUUAUGGACGGAAUGCUCCAAAAACAAGAAGAAAGCGUGUUGUCCAUUUCCAGAAGCCUUUUAACUGUGCUGCGAGUACCACAUCACUGUGGGAGAGGGGCAUCAAUGUGAGGAAGACCACAAAGAGGAGAGGGCGGAGUGCCUUACCCAACUUGGAGAAAGCAGGUGGCGCCAGCGAGCGUACACACACUAGGUGGUCGUUACCUAACGCGGGCGUGUAGCAUUGCUGCUAAUCAUAAGCAUUAAGCGGACGACAAAUGUAGAGACAACAUUUUUACAUGGGAAAAAAAUGUGACAGCCAGUCAGUAUUAUAGUAAACAAAUUACUAGAUGUUGCAAAAGUACGGACUUAUAAACAGUUUAAGAAGGAAUGGAAAUGUUUAGCACUAAAAAUGAAACUGAACUGUAUUAUGUAUUUCGCGUAGGUUGGUGGCAAUUUCCGUUUGUGGGAAGAGGUACGUUUUGAUUUGUCAACCAAUCAGAUUGUGUUGGAUUUUCAAUUUCACUGUAAGAUUGGUUAAUACAAUGCUGCCUUGAGAUACAAGUUUAAUUUGUUCCGUGACCUUGCUCAAAACACUCGUGCAUCAGAUUCAUCUUUACCUGAUGAAUAUUAAUUGGUUUACGCUCCCUCCAAAAACAUUUUUGGAAUGUGUUUAUAUUUAGGAAAAUCACAUUAUAUAACAUAUAGUAACUACAUACCGUAAUUUUCGGACUAUAAGCCGCUACUUUUUUCCCCUCAUCCUGUGGCUUAUAGUCCAGUGCGGCCUAUUUGUUGAUUUAUUUGGGUUAAUAGGCAACACUUUCUUUGAUAGCGGCAUCAAAGACCGCCAUAAUUGUGACCAGGCCAUUUGGGGGCCCUAAGCAAAAUAAUGCCAAGGGGCCCAUAUUUUUGGCACACCAUUUCGUCACAGUGUACUGUGAAACCCAUACAUGCAAUCCAACCCAUACGUCCAUAUUUUUUAUAUUAAUCAGAUUUUGUUGCACUGCAUACUUCAAACUUCUCACCCCAAAUGAUUGUCAGUACUUACAGUAGAUAGCGCCAAACCUUUUUCUAAAAGAGGUAAAGGAAGAACUUUUAUUUUUUAAGCUUGAAAUUAAGUAUCAAAACUCACAAUAGUCAAAUAAAGCAAACAGUAGUAAACAAAAUAGAAUAUAAAUUAAUAAACAUAUAUAAUAAUAAACAAUUGCCAGAUUGGGGGCCCCCUAGUGGUCAGGGGCCCUAAGCAGCUGCAUAGUCUGCGUAUAGGCUGGGCCGGCCCUGAUUGUGACAUGACACUAUCAUGGGCAUUAACAACAUCAUGAAUUAUGUCACUGACUCCAUUCAUGUCCAGCUCAGAUCUUUACUUCCAUUCAAAACUGAGAUAAUUUGUCAGAUGACACAAAAUGACAUCCGUCAUAAGCAUUCAUUAAUGCUCAUGGCAGUGUCAUGUCAUAAUUAUGAUGGUCUUAUGACAGUCUUAUGCCGCCACUGUCAAAUAAAGUGUUACCAAAUACCAUAACUAGCAAUUAAUGAAACAACUGGAAAAGUAACUGAAGAAAUAAUUAGCACAGAACAGGACUUUGUUAUUUACGUCUGUAGCGCUGCAAUGCAUGUUAGGAGGCAUGUUGGAUGACAACAGUGUUGACAGCAGUUGGCAGCUGAAGUUGACUCUCUCCCUAAAGGGAGCAAUGAUGGCUAAAUUAAGCUUUGAACCAAUUGGCUGCAAAGCUUCAAAUGAAGCUUUGAACCAAUUGGCUGCAAAGCUUCAUUGCUUCAUGGUGGUUCAUUUGGUCUUAUAACAGUCGAAUGAUGCUGCUGGCAAAUAAAGUGUUACCGAUUAAUAUCUUUUGGUGUCAAUAUCGCAUAAUAUAGCUGUGGCUUAUAGUCCAGUGCGGCUUAUCUAUGAACAAAUGCCGUUUUCAUGUCAAAUUUGGCAGUUGAAGGCUUAUAGUCUGAAAAUUACGGUAUCACAAUAUAUCACCAUUUUGAUAUUUUGUCAUACCCCCAAUUGUAAGCUGUAAGAUGUCGUUUUUUCCCCACAGAAUGUAAAGAAUAUACAACCUUUUAUUGUAUUUUCUGUCUACAUGCGUUGAUGCACCGUUUGUGUUCUAAGAUCAUUUGCUGAUGUGGUGAUGCUGUAUUUUUUGGCAUUGUGUUAGCAUUAAGCUAGUAUAAGGAAUGUGACUUUUUCGCUGCCACCUUAAAAUGCGCUCUUUUGUUUUUGCUCAAAAAGCAAAGAAAAAAAAACUGCCCAAUUCCUUGUAUCUCAAGGCACCACUGUAAUUUCAAAAUAAUAAUGUGUGAUAAAUAUCUCUUUGCAAAGUAUUGUUUGUGAUCAGAAUUUUCUGGUUCAGGUCAGAGUCCUUUUUUAUCAAAUGUGAGGCAACAAUACUUAUCCCUAAUUUCAAAGUAAAGCUGAUAUUGAAAUAUACAAUUAGAUAUAAAGGUGCGAAUACGUCCUCAUCUCCACUCAUGCAUCCGCCCUGCCUCCCUGCUUGUUACCAGCCAUUUUGUAUCCAGCAAAUGAAGAAAAAAAAAAACAUCUCUAUGUGAAGAACAAUGGAACGUUCAUGAUCCCAUUAAGUAUACCUGUGUAGUGUUAACUGAGUAUGAUUCACCUUGUACAGCUGUAUUCCUACAAAUAUGGUUUACUGUAUCAUUGAUACUGUAGUUUGAAAGACGUGAACAACUAUUUUUAUGAAAUGCGACAGUACGGAUAUAUUACAUUUUGCUAAGAAAAAAAACACGUUACAAAAAAAAAACUUGUUUACCGAAAGAUAUUCUGAAAUACUGUCAAAUAAACUCUUGACAUGGUGUAAAAGAGACGCUUUUGAGUUGAUCGUAUACACAGAGAGCGAGGAGAUUUUAUUUAAUAAACAUUUACACAUAGGCACA